AUGCUGCCCACUCUGGUGUAUGAAUUGGAAUACCCUCGCACGGAGAGCAUUGACUGGGGAUACGUGGUGGAGAAGGUGAUUGCCACCUUUGCGACCAUCUUCGUGAUGAUCGUCGUGUCGCAGUACUGGAUCUAUCCGGUGGUGAUGCGCACGGUACAGAUGAAAGAGCAAGGGUGGACAGUGCAGCAACGACUGCGGGAAUUUCCCUGGGUGCUGAGUGACUUGCUCUUCCCAUUUAUGAUGGAGUAUCUGCUGGCGUUUUAUGUGAUUUGGGAGUGUGUGCUCAAUGCCCUGGCUGAAAUCACCCGAUUCGCUGAUCGAGGCUUCUACGCCGACUGGUGGAAUUCAGUCUCGUGGGAUCAAUUUGCGCGAGACUGGAAUCGACCGGUCCACAACUUUCUGCUCCGGCACGUCUACCACAGUUCCAUCAGUUCCUUUCAUCUGUCGAAAGUGUCGGCCAGUCUGGUGACCUUUUUGCUCUCGGCCUGUGUGCACGAACUGAUCAUGCUGUGUAUCUUUCGCCGGCUACGGGGGUAUCUAUUGAUCCUGCAGAUGAUGCAGUUGCCGUUGGUGUGGUUAAGUCGGACGAGGGUCCUACGGGGCAGACGGUUGGUGGGCAAUGUGUUUUUCUGGUUGGGCAUCUUUACAGGGCCGAGUCUGCUGUGCAGUCUAUAUUUGAUUAUAUAA